AUGAUGCAUAAACACCUUCAAUCAUAAAAACCUAUUGAUAAGGCUUAAAUUUUGUGCUGUACAUUUAAUAUCUAUAGGCUACACACACCAUAAAAACUUCAGUCUCCAUGAAUUAGAAAAAUACUAGUUAAUAUACUAUAGCUUUUAGGGGCUUUAAAGAAUGAGAAUGUUCAACUGUUUGAUAGAAAAAUAGUAUAUAAUAAUAUAAUUUAUAAAACAUUAAUAAAAUAAUAUAUUCAGUAAAUUAAAACAAAAUAUAAUUUGAUGUAGACUUAUUACUUUUUAAUUGAAAGUAACUCUCCAGUAGGCGGCGCUAAUGCGCUUUGUUAUUUUUCAUUCAGCAAAUUUACAUCAAGAAGAAGACGCGAGCAGUGCUGGUCACAUGCAGGCUUCUGUGAUCAUUACUGUAUUUUUUGUGAUCAUACAUUUUUAUUUAAACGUUUUGUUAUUUAUAUCGCAUUGACAUUUUCUUCUUUUUGAAGAAAAGAUGGCGACAGAUGCAAAAAGGGCAAAGAUAACGUUAGAUGGUAAGACUGAUGCGUUUGAUCCACUGAAGAUUUUCUUGUCAUGGUGUAAUAGUGUGAAUCUGACUCUCAGUGAUAAGGUCUGCUUAAGUAAAGAUUGUACAGUUGCGGAGUAUGGCAUGCUUGCCAAAGAGGGCAUUGAAGAGGGACACAUUUUAUUCUCAAUACCCAGAGAGACUCUUCUUCAUCAGGGCACCACUGAGAUCAAAAAGGUGCUUGAAGAUGGUAUGAAAUCUUUAGAGAGUGGAUCGGGCUGGGUUCCUCUUCUUCUGGCACUCCUUUAUGAGUACACGUCUCCACACUCGCACUGGAAGCCGUACCUGUCCCUCUGGCCUGACUUUAGUACACUGGAUCAUCCCAUGUUCUGGUCUGAAGAGGAGCGGGAAAAACUUCUGAAAGGCACAGGAAUUCCUGAGGCUGUCAAAAGUGAUCUGGAAAAACUUCACGCUGAAUAUAAUAACAUCGUCCUUCCGUUUAUGAAGUCUCAUCCUGAUCUGUGGGAUCCUGAGAAGCACAACCUGGAGCUCUAUAAGAGAUUGGUAGCUUUUGUGAUGGCCUACAGUUUUCAGGAGCCUGUAGAUGACGAUGAUGAAGAUGAUGAGAAAGCACCCAGUCCUCCAAUGAUGGUGCCCAUGGCUGACAUGCUGAAUCACAUCUCUAAGCACAAUGCCAAUCUGGAAUAUACACCUGAUUUUUUGAAGAUGGUCGCUGUACGACGGAUUGAAAAGGGUGAGGAGAUUUUUAAUACCUACGGUCAGAUGGCAAACUGGCAGCUCUUGCACAUGUAUGGCUUUUCAGAGCCAUUUCCAACUAACGUCAAUGACACCGCUGAUGUUCAGAUGUCCAGCGUGUAUGAAGCAGCAAUGCAAGUGACACAAAGCAAAACGGACAAACAACUGUUAUCGGACAAGUGGAAGAUGUUGGGUGAGAUGGAGAUUGUGGGAGAGAAAGGGGUUUUUAUCUUUGGCCAAUCAGGUUCUCUCACCUACAGUGAACUCUACACAACACUCAAGGUCCUAUGCAUGUCGCAGCAAGAGUUCGAGGAGUUCCGUGAAAACGAAGGUUGGGAGGACGAUGAAGGUGAUGAAGAUGAUAAAAUGGAGCAGGCUUUGAGUUUCGAGAGACUGACGGAGUUGAAGACGGAGUGGAAACGGCUCUUACACGCAGCGGCGAGACUAACACUGAACUCUUAUUCUGAGGAUGUGGAAACUGACAGACGACUGUUGGAGGAUCAAGAAGCUCUGGCUAAACUCGGCAGCAGAGAGAGAAGAGCCCUGCACGUGCGGUACGGUCAGAAGAGCGUCCUACAGCAUCUGGAGCAGCUCACCAAACCCAAAGACUAACUAAAUAUAGACCAUUUCAAAAGAUGUAAACAGCACUGAUUCAGAAACACUUCCUGUUACAGUUUGUGACAGUUUUUAUUUAUUUCACAUAUCAUUAUCUUUAGGUGUUUGUUUAACUUCAGUUAAUUCAGUUCUAUAUGUUCUGUUGGUUGUAUUUUAUCCCAACAUUUAUCUAGUGUUAAAAAACUGAAACAGGAAGUGCUUCUGGACCAGUGUUAAAAUCAUUCAAGUGCAUACUGGGAAAUGCUCUAUUAUUGUGAAGACAACAAAAUGUAUAUGGUGGAAAUUUGUAAACUCUGCAUUUUUUUUUUGUCUUUUUUUCUGAAUUUUGUCCAGUCUAUUAGGAGCAUCAAAGUUUAAUUUUGCUCAUUGAUUUCAAUCUUUGACAUGACCUUACUCAAUCAGUCAAUAUUAAAGAUAUCAUGGUUAUAUUUUCACACAAUGUUCUUUACAUUAUAUAAUACAUUACAUUAUAUGAUCUGAAAAGCUCUGUGUCCCUGAUUGGUGAGAUUCAAUAGGAAAGCCGCCCUUACUGUAUCAAAAGUUACAUCCAGUCAUAAAUAACAUGUCUGCUUAUUAAUAUGUCAAUUGGUUGAAUAAAUAAAUAC